AGAGUCUAAUUGCGUACAAUGACUGCACACAGAACAAAUAAAUGUACAAAAUGUAUACACAUAUUGCUAAUUGUUGCAAUAACUGGAAGCGGCACAGUUCAUGGCAUUGAGCCUAUAUCAGCAAUUACAGGCACGGCAAUAGUUACCGGCAUUUUUGGCGCGAGCAAUUACUUUUAUUGCAAGUUUGCCGAAUGCUGUGACGAACGCAGCGUGCCAGGCAAUAUAGGAAAAUUAAAGGAGUCAUUGUCUCGUACGCUCUUUGGCCAACAUAUUGUGCAGCAAUAUGUUGUUUCCGCUCUCAUGGCCCAUUUACAAUCGACAAAUCCUUCUCGGAAGCCGUUAGUUAUGAGCUUUCAUGGAACGCCGGGCACGGGAAAGAGCUUCGUGGCUGACCAGAUAGCAGAAGCUCUUUACCUAGAGGGUACAAAGAGCAAAUAUGUGCACAAGUAUUUGGGCCGGGCGGAUUUCGCUCAUCCGAGUCGCCUGAACGAGUACAAGGAGCGCAUCAAUAAUGAGGUACGGAAAAGCAUCAAGGAAUGCCCGCGCUCACUCUUCAUAUUCGAUGAGGUGGACAAGAUGCCGGUUGGCGUCUUCGACACGCUGACAUCCUUCAUUGACUAUGCAGCCAAUAAGGGCGAUGCCGAUUAUACGAAAGCCAUAUUUAUAUUCCUAUCAAAUACGGCGGGCAUCGAAAUUUCUGACCACUUGGUCCGCCUUAUGAAGAGUGGCAAACGGCGCGAGGAUACGAAACUCUCCGAUUUCGAGAAGAUGCUAGAGCUGUCUGCGUACAAUAUGGAGGGCGGCUUGAAGAAGACGAACAUGAUCGAGGCGCAUGCCAUCGAUCACUAUGUUCCCUUCAUGGCCCUCGAGAAGGCCCACAUCGUCCUGUGCGUGGAGGCCGAGUUUGAACGCCAUGGAUAUCGUCCCACACUGAAGGAUAUUCAACAAGUUGUUAAUGAAGCCGCUACCUACGAUCCCAAGCAUAGUAUGUUCGUCACAUCCGGUUGCAAAACGAUCGAAAAGAAGGUCGCCGUUGUUGUCUAUGACAACAAGACUUGAAAGUCUCGACCCAGUUCACUUU